AUGGCCACGGCACUCGUACCAUCAACUCCUGCGACGCGUUCGACAACGUCCUUCGCCGACCUAUCAGAAGACGUCCUUCUACACCUGCUUUCCCGGCCGUCCUCCGACCCGAACCGCGAGCUUUCCCCGGAAGACCUCGCGCGGCUCGAGGCGGUCUGCUACGCCCUCCGCCGCCCGCUGCUGCUCCCCCCGAACCGCCGCCACUCCGUCGUCGAAACCUCCGCGCGCGCGCGAUGCUUGCGCCACCCGCUUCUGGCGCGCGUGCCGGCGGACAUCCUGUGCGGAAUGGCGGCGCAGCGGUGCGGCGGAAGCUGGCUGCGCGUCCUGCGCUUCGCAUGGGCGGUGGAGGACGCCUGGGGGUUGCGGCGGGAAGCGGAGGAAGAGUCGCUGCGCGGGGAAGCCCGCGCGCCGAGCGCCGGCGCGCGGAGCUCCGACGAGCUGGCAUCAGCAGUUUACGCGGGUGAUUACUGUUCAUUCCAGAUAAAGACAAACGGCGAGCUGUGGGUGUACGGUUCAGGCUCGCGCGACGGUUCUCCCCAGUUCACCCUUCCGCCAGCCUCAAAUCAACCUCCCCCAGAUCAUCAGCCCGCCCCAGUAGCUACCGCGGAUCAACCUCCCCCAGAUGAACCUGCCCUGGCGAGAGACGGGAACCAGGCGGCAGGCCAAGGGUGGGCGGCUGCCGCCCUUGCUGCCGGCCUGGCUGCUGUCAGGCUCGGAACUGGGCAAGGUGGCGGUGCCGUACCAACAGGUUCGGCAGCAGCAGGUUCGGCAGUAGCAGGCGCGGAGAGGCCUGGCGUACAAGCGCAGCAGCAGGUGCAGCAGCGGCGGGGAGGGGCGCGGGGGCGGAGGGGAGCCCUGAGGGCGCAAAUUGUGGUGGGGGGAAGCGCGGACGCGGAGGGGAAUGGGGAGAACGGAUGGAACGGGGGGAAUGCGGCGAGUAGGGAGGAAGCUGAGGGCGGCAUGGGGGAGAGGGUGGCGCAAGUGGCGGGCGGGAGAGCCUUCACUGUGAUACUAACGAAGUCCGGGGACGUUUACACUAUGGGGCAGGACACUAACGGGUGCUGUGGGCACGCGCAGGACGGGGUGGGGAAGAAAUUUCCCCAGCCGAAAUUAGUGGAGGCUUUAAGAGGCGUGCCAUGUCAGCAGGUCGCAACAGGGAGGAGCCAUGUUCUCGUGCUUGCUCGGGAUGGGACGGUGUAUGCAUUCGGAGCGGGCGGCAACGGCCGGCUGGGUCUGGGAGAUACGGACGACAGAUGCCGGCCGACGGUCGUUGAGGGGCUGCGGUCAGAGGUGCUGGCUGCCAUGCUGGGCGGAUUGACGGGCGGCAGCAGCGGUGGGAAUACGGAUGGCAACAACAACAGUACGGGCGGCAACAGUAGCGAUACGGACGGCCAAAACAACGAAACGGGUGGCAGCAGCACCAACAAAAGCACCAACAACAGCGGCGGCAGCAGCAGUGAUCCGUACGGACAGUACCGCAUAGUGAGUGUAGCAGCUGGCGCCAGUCACUCCCUGGCCGUCACUGCUGCUGGCGUGGUGCUGGCGUUUGGCAGAGGGCACAGCGGCCAGCUGGGGGGCGCGCAGGGGUGGGGGGAAUGGGCGGGGGGAGUGCAGGGAUUGGGAGAGGAGGGGGGGGAGUGGAUGAGGGGAGGAGGAGGACGGGUGGGGCAAGUGCAGGGCCGAGCGGGGGGUGUUUCUAGAGUGCAUGUGGGCAGACGUGCAGGGGGUGGUGCUGCUGCUGUUGGCACCGCUGCAUCCGCACGUGCUUCUGGUGCUGCUACAGCUGCAGUGGCGGCUGCUGCUACAGCUGCGGCAGUGGCGGCUGCUGCUACAGCUGCAGCAGCGGCGGCUGCUACAGCCGACCUGUCAGACUGUCUGGUACCGCACCCCAUAGCAUGGCUGGUGGGGGCGGGUGUGCGUGUGAUGAAGGUGGCUGCUUCGGUUGACUACUCUGCUGCUCUUGACUGCCUGGGACGGGUGCACAUGUGGGGGUCGGGUUACUGUGGGUGCUUGGGCAACGGCAGCGAGGCCAAUGAGGUGCUGCCACGUGUCGUGGAGGGGCUGCUGCACACGCGGAUAGUGCAGGUGACUCUGGGUAAGCGCAAGACGUUAGCUCUGGACGACCAAGGGCGGGUGCUGGCGUUUGGGUGGACGGCGUUUGGAGGGCUGGGCGUGGCGGCAGGGCGAGACAAAGUCUUCUUUCCCAUGCCUGUUGAGGCUCUGGAGGGGAAGCGAGUGGUGCAGAUCAGCACAGGAGCCUACCACACCAUUGCCCUGUGCCGUGACGGCACCUGCAUUGGCUUUGGGGACAACGAGCAGGGACAGCUGGAGCUGCACUGA